AUGGCUUACAAACUUUACAAUUACAAUCCUUCUGGCGGCGCGGCCAUUCCUGUUGCUGCCCUUUUCGGACUGGCAACAGUGAUCCAUAUUGUGCAGAUGUUUCGCACACGGAGUUGGUACAUGAUUCCAUUUACAAUUGGCGGUGUUUUCGAAGCAAUCGGCUACUUGUGCAGGUACAUCAACUCAACCGAAACGCCAGACUGGCAAACGACGCCCUAUAUUGGCCAGAGCCUCCUUAUUCUCCUUGCUCCUGCUCUCUUUGCUGCUUCUAUCUACAUGAUAUUGGGCCGCCUUAUUGUGGCUCUGAACGCGAGUUCGAAUUCAAUUAUUCGACCGUCAUGGUUAACGAAAAUCUUUGUGAUCGGGGAUGUUCUAUCAUGCCUCAUGCAAUGUGGAGGAGGAGGAUAUCUUGCCAGUGCGAAGACCAAGGACAGUGUGGACAUGGGCGAGCAUAUGAUCCUCGGCGGUCUCUUCGUCCAAAUAUUUUUCUUCGGAUUGUUUAUCAUUGUUUCUGUUGUGUUCCAUCGCCGAAUGCUUGCCUCGCCUAUGAAUUAUGUGGGUGGCAGUUAUAUUCCUUGGGCACGGUGUAUGAAGGUCCUGUACGCCGUUAGUUGUCUGAUUAUGAUCCGUUCUAUCUACCGAGUGGUUGAAUACGCGCAGGGAAGUGGCGGAUUUUUGCAAAGCAAGGAAGCAUUUGUCUAUGUCUUUGAUGCCGCAUUGAUGCUUGCUUGUUGUUUUGCUUUCGUUAUUCUACACCCGAGUAAAAUGCUGGGUGAACAGGGAAAGCAGUACCAAAAGACUGAAGAUCUUGAGAUGCUAGCCAACCAUUAUGAGGCUGAACGGAACUAUUGA